AAUGCGAAGCCCGCUAACCCUGCUCCCUCCUUUCCAGCUCUGGCGGAAAUUUGCUCGUGGGGCCUGUAACUUCAUGGUCACCUUCAUCCCCUGGGAAAUGAGGAUAAAGAAAAUCGAGAGUCAUUUUGGAUCUGGUGUUGCCUCCUAUUUCAUAUUCUUGAGAUGGUUAUUUGGAAUUAAUAUUGUGCUCACAAUUAUGACAGGUGCUUUUAUCGUCAUUCCAGAGCUCAUUGCGGGCCAGCCCUUCGGAAGCACGGACAGCAAGACGAUCCCCAAGGAGAGUGUGAUGUCUGCCCAAGACCUGGACACCGUCUGGUCCCUGGGGGGUUAUCUACAGUACUCUGUCCUCUUCUACGGCUAUUACGGCAGGGAGAGAAGGAUCGGGAGAGCGGGCUACCGGCUGCCCCUGGCGUACUUCCUGGUGGGCAUGGCUGUGUUUGCUUACAGCUUCAUCAUCCUCUUAAAAAAGAUGGCCAAGAACUCGCGCACGAGCCUCGCCAGAGCCUCCAAUGAAAACUACACGUUCUGCUGGCGGGUGUUCUGUGCCUGGGAUUACCUCAUCGGAAACCCGGAGGCCGCCGAGAGCAAAACGGCCGCCAUCGUAAACAGCAUCAGGGAGGCCAUCCUGGAAGAACAGGAGAAGGAGAAAAGUAAAAACCCGGCAGUGACCGUGUGCCUGAGGGUUAUUGCCAACAUCCUGGUGCUUCUGUCGCUCGCCGGGAGCAUCUACCUCAUCUACUUCGUGGUGGACCGGUCCCAGAAGCUGGAACAGUCAAAGAAGGAACUGACGCUCUGGGAGAAGAACGAGGUGAGUGUGGUCGUCUCCCUGGUCACCAUGCUGGCGCCAUCAGCCUUCGACCUCAUCGCCGCCCUGGAGAUGUACCACCCGCGGACCACGCUGCGUUUUCAGCUGGCAAGGGUCCUCGUGCUGUACCUGGGGAACCUCUACAGCCUGAUCAUCGCUCUCCUGGACAAAGUUAACAGCAUGAGCGCUGAGGAAGCUGCCACCAGCAGUAACGCGAGCCACUGGACGGGGUCUACUGUCUUCUUUGCCGCCAGUGCGGCCCCUGAAGGGGAGAAAUGGGCCACGCGUGGGCCCGGGACCGGGCUCGGGAGAAGUGGAAUGUGGACCCCAGAGGAGGCUGGCCUGCCGACCACCCCCUUGCCCCUCGCGGGGGCCAAUAAGACCGCCAUCUACACCCAGAGUCUUCAAGACCAGUGCUGGGAGACAUACGUCGGCCAGGAGAUGCUGAAGCUUUCCAUCAUCGACAUGCUCUUCACCGUGGCCAGCAUUCUGCUCAUCGACUUCUUCCGAGGACUUUUCGUCCGGUACCUGAGCGACUACUGGUGCUGGGACCUGGAAAGCAAGUUUCCUGAAUACGGGGAAUUCAAAAUAGCAGAGAACGUGUUACAUUUAGUCUACAACCAAGGAAUGAUUUGGAUGGGGGCCUUCUUCUCCCCGUGCCUCCCGGCCUUCAACGUGCUCAAGCUGAUCGGGCUCAUGUACCUGAGGAGCUGGGCCGUGCUCACCUGCAACGUGCCCCACCAGCAGGUGUUCCGAGCCUCCAGAUCCAACAACUUCUACCUGGCGAUGCUCCUGUUCAUGCUGUUUCUGUGCAUGCUGCCCACCGUCUUUGCUAUUGCUCGGUACAAGCCGUCUCUGAACUGCGGGCCCUUCAGCGGACAAGAGAAGAUGUACGACGUCGUGUCGGAGACCAUCGAGGAGGACUUCCCCGCGUGGUUCGGCUCCAUGGUGGGGUACGUCAGCAGCCCCGUGGUCAUCCUGCCGGCCACACUGCUGCUGUUCAUGGUCAUCUAUUACCUUCAGAGCAUCGCAAGAUCCUUAAAGCUCAGCAACCAGCAGCUCAGAAUGCAAAUCCAAAACGCCAGAUCUGAAGACAAGAAAAAGGUUGCCCAAAUGGUAGAGGCCCGAAUCCAAACCCAAGACGAAAGCAGCAAGAGGCUUCCCAAGGACAGUGACCUCGGCAGCCAGCUGUCCUCAGCUCACUCGGGGACACCCCAGAGCAACGGCGCCGUGGUCAAUUGGGACUCAUGCAGCAGUGAGAGUGGCAGGGUAGAGGCCGCUGCCCAGCACACACCCCCGAGUCCCCAGCCAGGCCCCCGCAGCCCCAGCUCGCCUCUUCCCGGCACGUCCAAACCCAGGCCGGGGCAGGACGCGAACAGGCGCCCGCGUGGUCCUUGUGUGAGCACAGGUGACCGGCACAGGAGCAGACCCCGCUCACCUGUGAUGCUGACAAAGCCCAUCGAAGACGCUCACUCAGAACCUCUUUUCCGAAAAGGCUUUCAGCACAUCAGCCCUCCCCUUGGUAGACCGGGCCCCUCGGCCUGGGCACCACAUGGUCGCAGGCCCCAGGCCCCCAGCUACUACAUCAUUAAUGAGCGAGACUCUCACAAAAAUUCCCAUCCAACUUUCUGGCCAGAGAGACAUUUCCGGAUGGAUGCCCUGGGGGACCUGGUGGAGGUGUACCCCAGGAGCACACGACAAGCUGUGUCCCGGGGCCCCCGGCAGGGUGGCUCUCCGCAGCUGAGUGAGGAAGACGAGGAUGCCCCGCGGAGGCAGCUGAUGGAAGGUUCUUUCCACCCACACGCCCCGACGGGCCUCCGAGGGGUUCCUCACUUCUAUGUUGGCGAAAGAUCAGAGAGGCAGACCCCAGCCUCCAAGCGCCAGGGAAGGGUGCCCCACGGGUCCUGGAGUGACGGCUUGGAGACUCAUCUCGACAGGCCGGUGUACGUGCACAAGAAACCACGCUCCCGGGGCUCCCAGUACCCACAGCACCCCCCGAACCUCAGGGACAGGCCCGAAUUUGAGCCUCCCCUGACGGAAUCGGACUCCGUGUCAGCAGCGUCCAGCAGCGAUCAGCGGGACAGCAGCCGUGAGCGAUACUUCUGGGUCCCCCACGGCAAGGGCAGGUUCCCAAGGCCUGCGCUCCAGCUCGGCAGGAGAAAGGCCACAUCCAGGCAGGAGCUGAUCGCGGAUCUGAAUGACCUGGUUUGUUCUAACGUCUAGAGACUUCGUCCUGUUGGUUCGGAGCCCAGUUGGAGUGCUGGUCUGCUGGUCUGACGGCGAAUGGUACCCCCCCCCCCCCACUUCUGGGAGGAGACUUGAACACACAGCCCCAGGACAGGGCUACAGUUCCGGUUUCUCCAGCAACUGCCUGCGCUGGGCUGCGUCCACGGGUCUCUUUGUGGCCAGCAUGUCCGGAGCAUCAGGCUGUCGUUUCAAAAACUUCCAUUUCCCCCCCCCACUCCGUUCAGGGCACCCACAGGUCACGGGCAAGCCAGACAGCUCAGCCUGACGGCAGAACCCCUUGUGAGAGGUCUGUGUUGUCCUUACUCACGCGUGUACACCGUUUGAGCCGUGACGCCCGUCACGUCUGUCUCGGCGCACGGAGCUCCCUCCAGGCUCCCUGAUGACACCCAGGAACGAGGCACCUGCCCUCCAAGACUUCAC